GAUAUCAACAAAUACUCGAAAGCAAGACAAAUCUGUAGUCUGGUUGUCAAGGUAACAACCAGUUUUCGGCAAAUAUACUGUCGUAAAGCUACAACACGUUUGUCAACAAUAUACAUUUCAGUUUAUAGAUACACAGAUAUAUAUAUAUACAAAUAUGUAUCUGUUUACAUAUAAGCAUAACUAAAAAUGCUCCCGUAUGUUCUUUUGAUUGAGGAGUAAUGCACUGAAGUAACAGGAGUAAAAGAAACAAAUCGUCAGCAGAAAGAAGGAAGAGAAAUUGAGAACCGGAGAUAACAAAACCAAAUUUCAAAAAUGCCGAAGGGUAAGAAGAAAGUAAAACUGACGGAGGAGCAGAAGAUCCAUCAGGAAGAGCAGAAGAUGCUUCUGCAGAUAGAAAUGAAAAGGAAGAAAGAAGAAAUUCUAAUGCAAUAUCUUAAGGACAAACAUGCAAAAGAAGAGAAAUUCACCAAAUUGAACAACUUAAUCAUAAAUGACAGAUGGAGAGGAAUUCUUCGCGAAAUAAAAGGCAAAGAGAUCAAGUCUGAUAUUGUUGUACUAAAGAAUACUUUUGACCGGAUUGUGGACCAAAAAGAUGAGAUUUUCAAAGCACUUUUGGUGGACAUUGAAGAAGCCGAGGAACAGUAUAUAAUGGCUUUGAGCAGCCACUUGGAAAACAUCGACCGUUUCAUAGAACUUCAGAAAGAAAGGCUACAGAAUUUCCAGCUGGAAUAUGAUAAAGAUCUGUGCAUAGUCAAAGAAGAAUUCGACAAAGAAAGGGAGAAGAUGCUGACCAUGUAUGGUGCCGAGAUGAAUGACUUGGCUGAUAUCAUGUAUGCCAUGGAACAACAUUUCAUCGAGAAAGAAAUGAAAGCAAAAUCGGAUUUUGAUAAUUUGAAAGAUGAAGUUCGGAACAAGAACCUCGAAGAGAAGCAUUCGUUACGCGUGUCUCUGGAAUCAAAAGUCGAACAUCUGUGGAUGUUGUUUAACCAGACAAAGGCACAUUACCACGAGACCACAGAAGAACGUAAGGAAGCAUUUGAGAAGCUGAAGAAGAAAGACGCGAAAAGCUCUGAGGAAAUCGAAAAACAGAUGCGUAAAGUGCAACGAAUAGCGGAGCAGAUUGGCAACUUGAAGGUAAAAAUGGCCUACAAUGCAAAAGUCAACGAAGAAAAAAACCGAAAACUACGAGAGGAAAAAGAUAAGAUGAGGUUUGUGUUGCAAGGAAUGAAGAUUGAGAUGAACAAGUUACGGACUAUGGAGUUUGAGAAACUUACUCGUCUCGCUUUAGAGAGUAAUGACGCCAUCAGCAAACUCACCAGACAGAGAGAUAAGGGGGUCAAGAUACUGAAGCUGUUCGAGAGAUGCCGCAAACUGGAAACAGAAAGGGAGAAGGUCCUCCCUUUCUACCCAGAUACCAUCAAACCUGAGGAGAUUGAGAAAGCCUGGCUGGAUGACCAUAAUCCUUGCAAUAAAAACUUACAGAAAAUGAUGGAUGAAUACAAACCGUUGACCAACUUCUGGAAGCGUUUUAACAAGGUUUUACUCGACAAACGUGUGUUGAUAAUGGAACACGAAUUACUGGCACGUGACAACGAAAAGCUGAGAUACUUGCUCAAGCAGUAUCUUGAUGGUAUUUCAGUCAGCAGCGAUGUCCUCUCUCAGACUAAUCCAUUGUUUAUCGUCCACAAUUCCCGCACCAUAGCGAAUGCUCUUGAUCUAAAUGACCCCCGUGUAAAGAAGAAAAGUAAAGCACUUGUAUCCCAGGAAGCUGCACUUAUCGUUAAAAAUAUACUAACCUGAAUACUUGACCUCAAUCAAUAAAAGUUAGGAAUAAUUU